UCCCUUCGCUACCCAUUACUUUGACCGACAGUCGUAAAAGGCCGCUCUCCUCUCCCCUCCCAAUCCCUCCCCAACUCAUAAAAUGGCUCCUCUCCGCUUACCCCGACUAAUACGCCCGCCGCGCCGACUAUAUUCGGCCGCGGCAUCGCCAUCUUCGCGACUCAACCUACCCAUCGACUACAAAUCCACUCCUCUCCUCCACCACACAUCAACCACUCUAUCCGAAAGCCUAGAACUCCCCGGUUCGACAACCUCGAAAUCCAUGAACCUCUACCAAGCCAUCAAUUCCGCGCUACGCACAGCCCUCGCUAAGUCGGAGAAGGUGAUGCUCUUCGGCGAAGAUGUCGCCUUCGGAGGAGUCUUUCGGUGCUCAAUGGAUUUACAAACGGAAUUCGGCACGGAACGUGUCUUCAAUACGCCUUUGACUGAGCAAGGGAUCGUGGGAUUUGCCAUUGGGGCAGCAGCGCAGGGCAUGAAACCGGUCGCCGAGAUCCAGUUCGCCGACUAUGUCUUCCCGGCCUUCGAUCAGAUUGUCAACGAGGCGGCGAAGUUCAGAUACCGUGAGGGUGCCACGGGGGUGAAUGCUGGUGGAAUGGUCGUGCGGAUGCCAUGUGGUGCGGUUGGACAUGGCGCUCUAUAUCACUCACAGUCGCCAGAGGCGCUAUUCGCACAUGUCCCGGGUGUGCAGGUGGUUGUUCCUCGGUCCCCGUCGCAGGCGAAGGGCCUUCUCCUGGCCUCCAUCUUUGAACACAAUAACCCCGUUAUCUUCAUGGAACCGAAAUGUCUAUACAGAGCGGCGGUGGAGCAUGUUCCCAACGAGUACUACACAAUCCCCCUCAGCAAGGCAGAGAUCCUCAAGCCCGGAAAUGACGUGACCCUUGUCUCUUACGGCCAGCCGCUUUAUCUCUGCUCGCAAGCCAUUGCCGCGGCUGAGAAGGCCCUCGGGGUUAGCGUGGAGCUGAUUGACCUGCGGACUAUCUACCCGUGGGAUCGGCAGACGGUCCUGGACAGUGUGAAGAAGACUGGAAGAGCCAUUGUCGUGCACGAGAGCAUGGUAAACUAUGGUGUUGGCGCCGAAGUUGCUGCGACUAUCCAGGACCAGGCGUUCUUGCGGUUAGAAGCGCCCGUUAAGCGAGUCGCGGGGUGGAGUACACAUACCGGGCUUCAAUAUGAAAAGUUCAUCCUUCCAGAUGUUGCACGGAUUUACGAUGCCAUUAAGCAGAGUAUCGAAUACUAAGAUACUAAGUACAUAUGUCAACACUUCGGUUAUAUUGCAUGGAUGGUGUUAGCCUUACCACCUUUCCUUCUGUAUCUAGACACGGUCCUCUCGGAAUAUAAUAAGCCACAUAUCAUCGCAUUAGGCCAAGCAAGUCCCAAGAUUCCACCCGACUAGACCAAUAUAUGUAUGUACAGCCGAAUCAGAUAAUAUCUAUGUCCGGUCAA